AAAUAGCAACUAAAACUAAAGUGAAAGAGUGUAGCUACAAAAAUGUAAUUGAAGAACAACGAAAAAAUCUGCAACAACCUGAGCUAUGUUAACAGUAUCUGUUAACAAUAGCCUUGUUGCUUUCUAAUUUAACUAAUGCAGAAACCGAACUUUUUACUUCUAAUAAGUUACAGACUAUGGUUUUCAACCAGAGUACACAAUUAAGAUAUUUUCUAAUGAUAGUAUUGAAAAUUUGUUUUGAAUAAGACAUUUUGUUUUAAUGAGACACAAUGAUAUCAUCCCCACGUACACCAAUGCAGUGUAAAGGAGGAACAAAUGGUACUAGGAUGGGUGGAUUUGCCAAUAUUUAUGCAUUGCAAUUUAUUUUGUGGUUGGUCUUUAUUUGGACUUACAACGUAAAUGCUGAACCGUAUGGCAGCAGUUCAGUUGGAAUACACAUUCCUGGAGGGAAUCCUGGUAUCAUAAGCGAAUCCCGUUGUCCUCGUGUUUGUUCAUGUAAUGGAUUGACUGUGGAUUGUUCCCAUCGCGGACUAACCCAAGUGCCCAGGAAAAUAUAUUCCGAUGUGGAAAGACUUGAUUUACAAGGCAACAAUAUUACUGUAAUAUUUGAACAUGACUUUCAACGGCUUUCAAAACUAAGGAUACUCCAAUUGACAGAUAAUCAAAUUCACACGAUUGAAAAAGGUGCCUUUCAAGACUUAACAUCUUUGGAGAGACUACGCCUUAACAACAAUCGGCUAAAGGCAAUCCCUGAAAACUUUGUGAUAAGUUCAGCAAGUCUUUUACGAUUAGAUAUUUCUCAUAAUGCUAUAGCUACUGUUGGACGACGUUCUUUUAAGGGAGCGCAAUCAUUACGGAGCCUGCAAAUUGAUAAUAAUCAAAUAACUUGUAUGGAUGAACACGUUUUCAAAGGACUCAUUGAGUUAGAAAUUCUAACAUUAAACAACAACAAUUUAACUACAAUUCCUCAUAAUGUGUUUAAUGGAUUGGGACGACUACGUGCAUUACGACUUUCGGAUAAUCCAUUUUCCUGCGAUUGCCACUUAUCUUGGCUGUCACGAUAUUUACGUAAUGCACCUCGUCUUGCGCCCUAUACUCGCUGUCAGUCACCAUCGCAAUUAAAAGGACAAAACUUAGCUGACCUACAUGAUCAAGAAUUUAAAUGUUCAGUAAUCAGACGACGUAUAAAUUCAGUGCAAUUUACUAUUUCGCAUUUCUAUGCUGAUAAUUGGCAAAGCUACAGGGCACUUUUAAAUGUAGUAAAUCUGUAA